ACAGACAAUCCAACCAUAACUGAGAGCGGAAACAUUGACCAUUGUCCUACGCAGAGAGAGAGAGGGUAAUGGAGUAUGGACAGAACCCAUCACGGACUUCAUAGUGAAACACGAAACUAAAAAAUGAAUUAGGUUUUGUUCUGUACUGCUUUUCCACCGUUUUUCCAUUUCAUUGUGUGUGAAUUAUCCCCAGAACUCUGGUUUUCUAAUCAACUGUACCGAUCAACAAGGAAAUUGGCGUCAGGGAGUGGGUGGGUUCCAUUAUUGUAGUUGCUGAUGUUGGUGCUGUCUAUCUAUUAUUUACCCCCUCUUGGUUUCUAUAUUUUGGUUGAAGUACAAUUUUUUAUUGCAUGCCCUGAGAAACAAAAUUCAAAAUAGUUGCAAUGUGCAAUCAAAUCACGAGUCUGAUGAUGAUCUUGCUUAGUUAUGUUUCAAUGGUGAUACUGCCUAGUUUUGAUUUUUUUCUGUUGCUUGACUCUCUCUCUCAUGCACACACAAAGUCACAAAUGCACUACUGUGCACAGACGCAAUUUCUGUGAAGGCCACCUAACAAUGUGCUGGAAAACUCCACUUGGGAAGGUAACUAGAGUAUGCGCAAGCACUACAACUUUCAUGGCUCAAGGCACGGAUUUGGGAGCGGAUCACUUUCACAUUCAGGGGCCAUUGUUAGAAGAAUUCACUUUUGCUGCCAACUAUGUUCCCUUUAAGAGCUGUCAUGCCUCUACUAUUGUCGAGGUAGAUAAAGAUCAUUUUUUGGUAGCCUACUUUGGGGGUUCGUCUGAAGGGGCACCUGAUGUCAAAAUUUGGUUGCAAACAUACCAGGAUGGCUGUUGGAACUCUCCACUUCUUGUUGAUGAAGAACCAAAUGUUCCAAUGUGGAACCCUGUACUAUUUAAGCUUCCACCUGAUGAAUUGCUUCUGUUCUAUAAAAUUGGCCAGGAAGUCCAAAAAUGGAGCGGAUGCAUGAAGCGGUCAUUUGAUGGAGGCAUUACUUGGACAGAAAGACAACAACUUCCUCCUGGUAUAUUAGGACCAAUCAAGAAUAAGCCCAUCUUGCUGGACAACGGACAGUUGCUGUGUGGAUCAUCUGUUGAAAGUUGGAACUCCUGGGGGGCAUGGGUUGAGGUUACUGCAGAUUCUGGUCGGUCAUGGAAAAAGUUUGGGCCAAUAUAUAUCAAGAAUAAUCCUCUGAGUGUAAUUCAACCAGUUCCUUACCAAACAAAAAGUGGUACAUUGCGUCUUCUGUUGCGAUCCUUUGCUGGCAUUGAUAGAGUUUGUAUGUCAGAAUCUCAUGAUGGUGGGCAGAGCUGGGGUCUUGCAAAACCUACCGAACUCCCCAAUCCUAACUCAGGAAUUGAUGGGGUUAAACUGAGGGAUGGCCGUCUGUUACUUGCAUACAAUACAAUCUCCAGGGGCAUACUCAAAGUUGCCCUCUCAUUAGAUGAUGGUGACUCAUGGCAUCAUGUUGUGACAUUGGAAGAGAAUUUGGGAAUGGAAUUCUCUUAUCCAGCUGUUAUCGAGGCUAGUGAUGGUCUUGUUCACAUCACUUACACAUAUAACAGGACACAGAUCAAGCACGUUGUUCUUCAACCAAAUUGAUUCAGUGUCUUAUCACUGAUGGAAACCUUGACAAAGCAGAUACGUCUUAUUAGCUUGCUGGUUCUUUUGUUGGCUAUGGCUGUGCCUCUGAAGGUUCAAGGGCCGGCUGGAAUGCUUUCAAAUAGUGGUAGGUUUGGAUGUUACGUACCAAGAAUUGGGUAUGCUGUAGUCCUGAUUUUUUUUUUUUCAAACAUAGUCAGUCGUAUCUGUGUUGGUGGGUUUAAACCUUUCUAAUAAGUUUUCUUGAUGAGUUUGGAAUUGCUUGUUCAACUUAAUAACAUUUUUUUUAGUAAAAUUGAAUAAGUAUAAUAUUGAUUUAAAA